CGCCACCAGUCGGGCCGGCCGGUCGGCCAGCUUCGCCCGUCCGCGGCUGCACCCUCCCGUGGUACGUGUGGGAGCGCCGGACCAGCUCGCUGAACACGUGGCGCACCGCGGCGCAUUGCGCCCGCUGCCCCAGUGUCCGCCGAGGGAGAACCCCUGGCGUUCGUCCUGUGGGGCAGAGGGCCAGCGCGUGAAGGGUGGUGGGAGCGCCGGCGGUGCUUGCCGCCCCGUGCGAACCGAUGGGACGGUGGCCUGCGACGCGCUUAGGGCGGAGCGAUGUGCACCACCAUCUCGACGGUGGGCAGCGCGUUCGAUGUGGACCUCGUGCUGCACCUGUGCCACCUGCCGAACCGGACCCGGUGUCGUGACGCGAUGGCCAGGUCAUUGCCGAAGGCAAAUUUGCACGACGAGGACGGCAGCGGGGGUCGCCCGCAGGUGCAGGUCACCAACUUCGAGCCCAUACCGCACGAACACGACUUCUGUGAGCGUGUCGUUAUCAACGUGAUUUCGACGCCAUCCUCUACUACUACCAGAGCGGCGGCAGACUGCGGAGGCCGGUCAACGUGCCACUGGACGUAUUCUCAGAGGAAAUCAAGUUCUACGAACUUGGAGAAUAUGCAAUCGGGAAGUUCAGGGAGGAUGAGGGCUUUAUCAAGGAGGAGGAGCGGCCGCUGCCCAACAACAAGUACCAACGCAAGGUGUGGCUGUUAUUCGAGUACCCCGAGAGCUCGCAGAACGCGCGCGUGGUGGCCAUCAUCUCAGUUACAGUCAUCCUCCUCUCCAUCGUCAUCUUCUGCUUGGAAACAUUGCCCGAGUUCAAGCACUACAAGGUGUAUCGGGCGGCGGACAACUACACUAUUGUGGAAGAAGACGAGGUGCCGGCGAUGACGGACCCGUUCUUUCUUAUCGAAACAAUAUGCAUCGUCUGGUUCUCGUUCGAACUGCUAGUGCGCUUCGCGGCCUGUCCGAACAAGGUCAGCUUCUGUCGUGACGUCAUGAACGUCAUCGACGUGGUCGCCAUCAUUCCGUACUUUCUGACGCUGGCCACGGUGGUGGCUGAGGACGAACAGGCGGUGCCCACGCCCAAACCCACGGCGCCAGGAGCCGAGACGGGCUCCAACCAGGCCAUGUCGCUGGCCAUACUCCGAGUGAUACGGCUGGUGCGCGUGUUUCGAAUAUUCAAGCUCUCCAGACACUCGAAGGGCCUGCAGAUCCUCGGCCGAACCCUGAAGGCCUCCAUGCGAGAGUUGGGCCUGCUCAUUUUCUUCUUGUUUAUAGGAGUUGUGCUGUUCUCGAGCGCCGUAUAUUUCGCCGAGGUCAACAAUCCGUGCUCGAAUUUCGACUCGAUUCCGGACGCCUUUUGGUGGGCGGUAGUCACCAUGACGACGGUGGGCUACGGCGACAUGAGACCUGUCGGUGUCUGGGGAAAGAUUGUCGGCUCGCUGUGCGCCAUUGCUGGCGUGCUGACCAUAGCGCUUCCAGUGCCGGUGAUCGUCUCCAACUUCAACUACUUCUACCAUCGCGAGACCGACCAAGAGGAAAUGCAGUCCUGCAAUUUCAACCAUGUCACCAGCUGUCCUUACCUGCCUGGCACUGUGGGCCAGCAAGUGAAAAAGGACUCGUUGUCGGAGUCUUCUUCAGAAGUCGAUCUCGAGCAGGGUAACAUGAUGAGUCAAGAAAUGUCCACCAAACUGAACUGUGCACCCAGGCACAACAACAAUGUGAACGCCAUUAGCAUCGAGACGGACGUCUGACAAUAGACGCCAACGUCUGUUUCGCCGGACGAAACGGAGCCAAGUGCCAAGCUUCCUGUUCAGCUCAAUGUACGCCGGACUCGGCAGCGGCCGGGGCAGCGGCGGCCGUGGCGCGCUGGGCCGGCGUCGGCUCCCGCCGGCCGUCUCACCGCUGGGACCAGCAGGGGCCGGGCCGCCACCUUCCACCCCUGUGAUACGGGCUGGCUGGACAUGCGCCUGCCGCCGCCUCUCUCCAGUGAUAGAGCUGGCGAGCCGGCCGCGGCCGUGGCUGAGCCGCCGCACCACUCGGCGGCCCCAAACGCUGCCUUUGUUGCGACCGGUUCACUCGCGUGGCAUGCUACUUGUCCUUAAUUCGUCUCGUCAGAUCGGCGUUCGUGCUGCGCGCAGCCGCUUCCAGUGUGCUCGUGCUGAGUGGUCAGGUGACUGGAUGGUCAGGUGACUGAGUGGUCAGGUGACUGCAUGUCUGCUCACGCCCACUGCGUGCCAAACCGAUGUGUGGUCGUGUUGGGCGGCCGUCGCCAGCGGCCGCAGCAGACUCGCCCGUCGGCACCCGCCCCCCGACCCCGCUCAAACCUGCCGCCCUCGCCUAUCUACUGGAUUUUGUUUGUGCCCAUCUGAGCGCCCUCGACUGGAGAUCAGCGGCGGCGGAGCUGGAAGACGACGGGGCGGCCGCUCCUGACAACCUGACACCGUGCGGCAACACUUGGCAGGGCCACAUCACAUACACUCACUGCCCUUGCUGAGAGGCGUGUCAGACACGCCCGACGUCAGCUGACGUGAUCACGUGACAGCACCUGAUAGGAGCACCUGACAGGAGCACCUGACGGAGCAUCUGACAGGAGCAUCUGACAGGAGCACCUGACGGGAGCACCUGACGGAGAAUCUGAAAGGAGCAUCUGACAGGAGCACCUGACAGGAGCACCUGACAGGAGCACCUGACAGGAGCACCUGACAGGCACACCCCACAGGCUCACCUGACCCGGGUACUCCGCCCUGCCAGGGACACCUGACAAAAGGCGACUCACCGCUAUAUCGACAGAGGCGUGUGGCAGAGGAGAGGGAAGCCUGACACACGCGAUCUGGAGGUGUUCCGUGGCGUCCCACCGCUCCGACCCCGCACACCUGCCUUACCUUUGUGUUGACAAUCGGCCCUUUGCUGUGGUGCCCAGCGGUGGCACGGUUUACGCAGGUGAUGUAUAGUGAGACAGAGUGUGCUGCCAGGUGUUGGGUGUGGCAGCUAGUCCAAUUUUACUAGUCUAUGUCCGGUAUUAAAUUGUUCGCCAUUGACGCUGGCAAGCUUCGAUCUCUUGAAUUGUUCUUGCGUAAUCAACUAGAGAACAACCUAACGGACAUUUUUAUAUUGCAUUUCUUAUGUCACUGUACAUAGUGUUGUAAAAUGUACAUAGACGAUGUCUGCAGUUAUUUACAUUGCCAUUGUUACGUGGGUGGCAUGCCCGCAUUGUUGAUCUUUAUCUAUCUAUCUCCGAUUCUCUUUGACCGGCCUCGCUGUCUGGGUACGGGGGCCGCUGUGUGCUCUCUCCUAGUUGUUCAAUAUCGCUCGGUCCACGCCGGCCUUCGGCUGCCUUUGGUCCGCGGCUGACAGGUUCGUCAUCACAUGUCAUUGCUGUACCUGACUGGGGCCGGCUAGCGACACUUCUACCCCCACUGACCUAGCCUCAUGCUCCGCCGGGUCAAGGAGGUCGGCAGCCUGAGCAGGUAUGUCUGAUGGCGCCAGGUGCUAAGAGUAAAUCACAGAAAUUCCGGAUUUUCCUCAAGCGAUUGGUUCAAAUGCAUCCCGUUGAACCGCCUUCAGCAGGACGAGCGGCAGUCGGAGCGAAGCUGUGUAAAUCCGUCACUUAUGAAAUCCUCGCUCACUUCUCUCACUCGGUACCGCAAAUGCCGCUGGCACCCAGCCAGGUUCAAGUGUGGUGCUCCAAUCUCAUAAUCAACUCGUGAGGCGCCAACGGCGUUGUUGAUGCGCGCCAGUUGUUAUGCAUCUCUCCUGUCUUCUGCAGUCGGCCCGCCUGGCCGUUAUUUCUGCUCUGCUGCGUUGCUCUGCGUGCGCACUUCCCGGCCGCUGGCUCCCGGUAGGCAGGCGACUCCCCUGGGACAUUGGACUGGACCGCUCCCUGACCUUUUCACCCCUGGCAGCACGCUCUCCUCCAGUGCCCUGCUGGCCCCAGUGGUCCAGUCCCGCUCCAGCUCUCGUCUGGAGCACAUGCCGUGCCCUGAAGGGAAAGAUCGGAGGGAGAGAAUAACGCUGUGUGACCAGCUCACCGUGGUGCGUCUCGCACUAUCCAUCCAGCUUCUCGUGGUAUGGGCGCAGGCUACCACCCUCUGUUUUAGACGGAACUUUGCACCGAGAGGGCCUUAACAUGCACAUGAAAAGAGCCUUGAUACAAUGGACGCUAAUAAUCUGCCAGUGUGGAUUUGGAUACUGCGGAUGUAGCCAUGUAACGUUCUAAAGCAAUGGAUGCGAAUUCUAACAACAGAAAGCCGUGUGUGCGUGGCGACCGGGGGUGACGCAGUGACACCUGGCUGCCUAUGAACGUUGCCAACGGGCUCCAUUUCAUGUCCGUCACAUGGACGUCGCCAUCCAGCGCUGAGUGCCAUAAGAAGUAACGCCGAAGAAAACAUGAACUUUUAACCUACCGCAACAUGGCAUUUUGAAUAACCCUAAACCAGCCUCAACUGGCUAAGCCUCUUUGGCCGUCAAUUUGCCAAGAGUUAUAGCUCACUGUAGCACACAUAUAACCAAGGCUAUGCUUGGCUGGGGUAGGCUGGUUUAUCAUAUUCGGGCAGUUCGUCAGCGAAUAACCCGUCUUUCUUGGAAACCCAGUGACGUUGUCAGAAAUCGCACCAGAUGACAAUGUUCAGCUACGGCUGACCGGCUGACACCAGCCCGCAUCACCCGAACUGCGUCACCGUCCCGGUCGCCGCUAGCCGAGGCUCGUGCGAGCGCGCAUGAGGAGUUUUUUCUCUGGGAUGCACCUACGUAAAGUUUCUAUUGAUCUGACAACACAUAACUCCUGUUUGCAACCAGGCACCUUUAAUUCCCCAUGGUGCGGGAUCUUUGAGGGAGACCCAGAUCAAACGUGGGAAGCCUGCGCUGACCAUACCGGGAAUUGCCAAAACGAUCCUGACAUCCGUUGGGCCCGGCGGCGAGGCGACCGUAGCGUCACGCUGCCGCCAAUGGCGCCUCGCCGCGGCCAGUCCGUCAACUACCAGCAGACCGCCGCCUCCCUUCCCGUUCGCUGCGGUCCGCCAGGCGGGACGAGGCCCCACAAUCCACCACUGACCGGGCCAGCUGCAAACUCGCCACUCCCCCCUACCAUAUUAUUGAUCAAGAGCGCCAAACUCACAAGUGCACACGUGCGUAUGUACUGUUGCAUAGCCGUACUUUGUGAGCGGGUUGCAACAGUUGUUUUAACUCAUUCGAAGUGCUUUAAGUGCCACUUCAUCACGUGUGGACAUUUGUUAACUGACGUUUUGCCCUCUCACGACUUCGUUUACUUAUAAGCGUCAAACAUUUGUCUUUCGGGUGAGUCUGGUCACGGACGGACAGCGAAUUUUCCGGUGCCUUGCUCCUAUGGUGGGGGCCGAUCUCCCGGCGUUGGUUCGGCUCUUACAUAGUCCAUGGGACGCUUCAGCCAUUUCUCCCUUGCGCAUCUGUCCCAGCCUCCUCUGAUCCAGGCAUCAACUUGUUUGCCUCUUCAUUGUCAAUAAAGUAUUUAU